ACAAGUUCUUGACCUUGAUCGGUUGCAGUGGACAAUUCCUAAUGUUAUUGUGGACAACCGAAUUCUUAAUUUGGCAGGAAAAAACUUUAAAGGUCGUGAUGUCACCUCCCUCCUGCAAAGGAACGAUGCAAACAAGAAAAUUGCACGUUGUUUGUUAGAAACAAUUAGAGUAGGAGUUGUCGAUACUAGCACCAUUGGCUGUGUUAUUACAAAUGUGAUAACAAAUGUGUCGCUUAUAGUUAUUGUCGCGGUAGUUUUGGUUAGAUUCUUCUUGGCGGUGUUAUUUGGCUGGGUGUUGAGUUGGCGCCUGGGAAACUUCCGAGAAGAAACUGCAGAAGACAUUGCAAAAAGGAAUCAAGCAAUUGAAAAAUGGGAAGAUAUCAACAAUCAUGUUUACGAUCCCAACGGGAGGGAUUCAAGAAUAAGUUCUUCAACUUCCUUCAACUUUAUGAGUAAGUCCCGGUUCUCAUCGCAAACACCUAUCCCUGCUGCACCAUCAUACAGGAGGCGCGAUGGUCGUUAUAAUAGCCGACAAGUUUAUACCAAUCACUCGGGACAUGGUGAGAAGAAAUUUCGCAACGGUUCCGCUAGCUCUCUUAUUCACCAACCGCAAACUAAUGGUUCUUCCGUAGCGGCAAACAAUGAUACGAGCAACGGAUCGCAAACACCGUCAAUAAAUGAGACCAACAGUCGAACUGAUUCUCUGACUUCUUCACAAGGAUCAUAUCAAAACAAUCCUAUCGUAGUCGAACAACGUUUCAAUUUUGAAUUGAUGCAUACCAUCUUGUUAGUCACAUGUUACUCCGAGGGGAGACAAGGUAUAAAGACAACACUAGAUUCAUUAGCUGCUACUGAUUACCCAGCAUCUCACAAAAUCAUAAUGUGCAUUGCGGAUGGCAUAAUAUAUGGUGUCGGUAAUAGAUUAUCGACGCCAGAAAUAUGUCUCUCCUUGAUGAGCGAUUUCAUUAUACCGGUGGAUAAAGUUCGAGCUCAUUCCUAUGUUGCCAUCGCUGAUGGUAAAAAACGCCAUAACAUGGCUAGAGUCUAUGCUGGCUAUUACAAGUAUAAUGACCAUGACGACUCUCAAAAAUCUCGUCGUAUACCCAUGAUCACCCUUGUGAAAUGUGGUGGACCUGAGGAAAAUGAUGACCCGAAACAGGGAAAUCGAGGCAAACGUGAUUCUCAGAUGAUUUUGAUAAGUUUCCUACAAAAGGUGAUGUUCGACGAAAGGAUGACCCCACUUGAGUAUGAAUUCUUUAACGCCAUUAGAACGGUUAGCGGCGUUACUCCCGAUUGUUACGAGUUGGUUUUAAUGGUUGACGCGGACACCAAGAUUUUCCCGGACUCGCUAACUCGCAUGGUUGCUUGCAUGUCUCGUGAUCCGGGAGUAAUGGGACUUUGUGGUGAAACAAGGAUUGCCAACAAGUCCGACAGUUGGGUUACGAUGAUUCAGGUUUUCGAGUACUACAUUUCCCAUCACAUGCAGAAAGCGUUCGAGUCCAUCUUCGGUGGUGUCACUUGCCUACCAGGAUGUUUCUGUAUGUAUCGUAUCAAAGCACCAAAGGGCCCAAAGGGGUACUGGGUUCCUAUACUCGCAAAUCCGGACAUUGUUGAACACUAUUCUGAAAAUAUUGUCGAUACACUCCACAAAAAAAAUCUGUUGCUUCUCGGUGAAGAUCGUUACCUCACAACUCUCAUGCUUCGAACAUUUCCGAAACGUAAAUUGGUAUUUGUUCCUCAGGCCGUUUGCAAAACGAUCGUUCCUGAUACAUUCAAGGUGCUUCGUUCGCAACGUCGUCGAUGGAUCAACUCUACUGUGCAUAAUCUUUUGGAGCUUGUACUUAUUCCCGACUUGUGCGGAAUAUUUUGCUUUUCCAUGCAAUUCGUUAUUUUCAUGGAAUUGGUUGGCACGAUUGUACUUCCAGCAGCCAUUUCUUUCACCAUGUACCUUAUCAUCAUCUCCACAUUUCAACGCCCUAUUCCCUAUAUUCCCCUCGCACUUCUGGCCGUGGUACUCGGUCUUCCCGCGAUACUCAUAAUGCUGACUACCCGUAAACUCAUUUACGUCGGAUGGAUGAUCAUUUACCUUUUCUCACUACCCAUUUGGAACUUUGUCCUUCCAGUAUAUGCAUAUUGGCACUUUGAUGAUUUUUCAUGGGGUCAGACUCGCGUUGUGGAAGGCGAAGAAGCGGGUGCAGAUCACUCAAGGAAGCAGGGCGAGUUUGAUAGUUCAAAGAUCGUGAUGAAGCGAUGGGCUGAAUGGGAACGUGAGAAAUAUAUUUAUUAUCGAAAUUCAUUACAAAGGUAUAUUCAAUCGUCAUCGGAUGACGGUUACAUCCCGUCAUCGACACGCCCUUCUUCGUCAUCAACAAUAAACGGAAGCGAUAAAUCACAAAUAUACCAAGCACAGCCCAUGAACUCACCUCUUAAUCCUCGUGGAAGGAGAAGAACAUCUCAUACCACCGACUCACUGAUGUUACCUCCACCGUUGAGUAAUAAUUCAACAUCAGAUAGCGACACUAAUAAUUCAAUGCCAUUUCCUCAAGGCUUUGGUGAAAAUGUAGUGGCGUUACCGCAGAGGGCACAACGUAAUGAUAAUUCAAACAAUGUUAAUAACACUCUUAGCGAUAAUAAUACGAGUUCCCACUCAUCAG